GACAUGGCGACCAAGCAUCUGCUGCACCGGGGCCUUCAGCUGGUGAAGAGUGGCCUGAGCAGACGAUGUUUCAGUUCUGGAAAGGUUACAAGACAAAACCUGAUAUCUCCUGCAGCGACGCUGGGGACAGCAGAUGGUCUUAAGCCUUCACCUCUGGAUCUCUUAUCCCCAGAUGAACAAAUGAUGAAAGACACAGUGGCUAAGGUUGCCACAGAUGUGAUUCAACCCCUGGUCAGACGGAUGGAUGAGGCCAGCAACAUGGACCCUACAGUCCUUCAGGCACUUUUUGAUAAUGGGCUGAUGGGAAUCGAAGUGGAAGAGGAGUAUGGUGGUACAAAUGGCACAUUCUUCAUGGCCAAUCUGGUGAUAGAGGAACUGGCCAAAGUGGAUGCAUCGGUCAGCGUGAUGGUCGAUGUCCACAAUACACUCAUCAUAAACCUGCUUCGCCAACACGGCACCACCGAGCAGAAAUGCAAAUACCUACCUAGGCUGGCCUCCAAUAUGGUAGGAAGUUUCUGUCUGUCCGAAGCAGGAUCUGGAUCAGAUGCCUUUGCUAUGAAGACUUCUGCUGUGAAACAAGGAGACCAUUAUGUGCUGAAUGGCACUAAGCUGUGGAUCACCAGUGCUGAGCACUCUGGGGUGUUCCUGGUCAUGGCUAAUGCCAAACCCACAGAUGGCUAUAAAGGAAUUACAACAUUUAUAGUAGAUCGUGAUACUGAAGGCCUGAGCAUAGGCAAGAAGGAGGACAAGCUUGGCAUCAGAGCAUCCAGCACCUGUCCUGUACAUUUUGAUAAUGUCAAGGUUCCGGAGUCCAAUAUCUUGGGGAAGUUUGGACAUGGGUAUAAGUAUGCCAUUGACAUUCUGAAUGAAGGGCGUAUUGGAAUAGCCUCACAGAUGUUGGGUCUGGCUGAGGGCUGUUUCAGUGCCACAGUUCCUUACACAAAAGAAAGGAAGCAGUUUGGUAAACGCAUCUGGGAUUUUCAGUCCAUGCAGCAUCAGAUUGCUCACGUUGCCACACAGAUUGAGUGUGCCAGGAUGUUAAUCUAUAAUGCAGCUCGGCGGAAAGAGGCUGGACUUCCAUUUAUAAAAGAGGCUGCCAUGGCCAAGUACCACAGUGCAGAGGUGGCGGCACUUACAACCUCCAAGUGCAUAGAGUGGAUGGGAGGGGUCGGUUUCUCUAAAGAAUACCCAGUGGAGAAGUUCUACAGGGACGUCAAAAUAGGAGCAAUCUACGAGGGUACAGCGAACAUACAACUUAACACCAUUGCCAGAUGUUUGGAUAUGGAAACUCGAUAACGUUAGAUGUGCAGGUUUUGUGUGUCUGGUUGUGUAAUUCUGGUUAUGUACAUAGGCUUGAAUCUCUGAUGUAAAUUUUGUUUGGUGAAGCGAGAUCCAGGUGGAGCACAUUUCGUUUGCUGUUCAACUCUGCAUGAACGAGUGCACAAAAUUGGGCCAUGAAUCGACUUAUUGUAAAUUUUCAAGUGUUAUAGUCUGACAUUCACUUUGAUCUGUCAUUGCCAGACAUUCGUUCACAGUGAUGUUUUCUUGAGAUAUUUAUUUACACUCAUCUCCAUUUGACAGUGUUCCGUGUGAAAAUGUAUUGAUGUGUAUAUUGUGAAGUUCAAGAGCAGCGUAUAUCAGAUUUUUAUACAGGUUUUUAGGUACUGUACACAAUUGUGUAUAUUUAGUUUGAGAUUUUGUUCUUUUUCAUACGUUUGCAAGUGGAGUGAGAGUUUUGUUACCAUGUGGUAACUGUUCUAGGUUAGGGAUAUAUAGGUAAUUGUCAUUGUUUUUUUGUGGAAGAAAUGGAAUGAUAUAACGGUGUUCAUGUAGAAUCCUGCAGGUUGGGAAAAGAAUAAUCUACAUAGGUAUUAAACAGUGUGUUGAAGCUAAAAAAACAGAAUUCGUGGAAUGUUACGUGCAGCUUCAGUGAUAAAAUUCCACAAGCAUGUACAGUUUUUAUUUCAACAUUUCCAGAAUUUUACUGGAAAGCUUUCUGAUCAUAACAAGGUGUUUUGAUAUUGCACAUGUAUUACUAUUAUAGCACAAAUAUCAGUUCAUAAUCAGCGCUUUCAAUUAGAGAUAAGUACUCGAGUACUGCACCAAACACCAGUGAAAUCCAUAACUUCAGGUAGUUUAUUGAUUUAUUUGAUUUAUUUGAUUGCCGUACUCAAGAAUAUUUCACUUACACGACAGUGGCCAGCAUUAUGGUGGGAGGAAACCGGGCACAGCCCAGGAGAAACCCACAACCAUACACAGGUUGCUGGAAGACCUUCCCACAUACGGAAAUUCAGUUAGAGAGAGGAAAUUAGGCCAAAAUGUGUGACUUCACUGUGACAAACAAAAAAAAACACA